AGAUUGUUGUGCAAUCAAACCAUCCGAGGAUAGUUUGAAAUUUAUCAGUACUGGAGGACUAAAUCAUAUCCACAAUCCCUCUUCUAUGUGGCCAGUCAUUCUUCUUUUAUUAAUUGCAUCUAUACCCAUCACCGCUGAUGCCUCUGAUGUUGGCGCUACAAUGAAAUUAUCCUGUAUGUAUGCAUAUGCAAGUAAAUUGAGGCCAAACCAUCGAUUUUGGGCUAAUGUUCGAUUGAUGAAGAAAAAUGGUACAAGUGAUGCUCUGCUUGACGAGCAGAAACAAAUCAACACUGAUCGUAAACCGUAUAUGCACUUUAAAAUGUCGGCCAACGGCAUCAAAGAUCCAAAAGAUCUUUACAUUUACAUAAAGCACAACUGUGUUAGAAACCACACAACAAUGUACCGAGUGAAGAGCGUCGAUGUCAAAAUGGAUAACAAAAAUCCGAUGGUUAAAAAUAUAGGUACAAUAUUUUUGCCCUGAUAGAAUUUACGAAUAACUCCUUUUGCAAGCUUGAUGUGUUUUUCCAAAGUUAUAUUUUGCAGUUGCAAACUAAUAUGUGCUUUAUACUAUGAAAAUUGAUAAAAAAUUGACUAGUUCGUGU